AUGCACUCGCUAGACGGUGAAAAGCUGGAUGGACCUGGACCCAACGGUGGAAACCAGAACGCAGCGCACCUCCACGAUGAUUACAGUGCAGCCCGCGGGAGUAGGAUCCGGCUAAAAUCCGAAUCUUCUCGAAAGCACAAAGAUAGUGAUGAGAGGCACUCAAGGCAUCGGACCCGCCGCGACCGGCACCGUCGUCAUCGCAGCAAACGCCACAAGGCUUCCCGCUCUGAAGAAGAAACCGCAGACCCGCCGCUGUCCCCCAAUACUGCGUUCAGAGAAUCUCUUUUCGAUGCGAUGGCAGAUGAUGAAGGUGCGGCAUAUUGGGAAGGUGUGUUUAGCCAGCCGAUCCAUACCUACCCACGGCCCGAAAAGGCCGAUGGGCGUGGGAAGCUUGAAAGAAUGUCUGAUGAGGAGUACGCUGCAUAUGUUCGAGCGCGAAUGUGGGAAAAGACCCACCAGGCUGUCUUUGAGGAAAGAGAGCGCCGUCGGCGCGCUCGGGAAGCAGAGAAAGAAUCGGGGAAGCGCAGCCGAGAACAAAGGAGGCCAGAAACGGAUCGUGAGGCAUUUGAGAAAUUGGUGGAUGAGAGUUUGCGACGUGGAAGAGAGAGACGAGACAAGAAGAAGAAAACUAAUAUGUGGGUUGAUAUAUGGGGACGAUACAUGGAAAGCUGGAAAGAGUUGGACUCCAUGGCACAGGAGGCUGCGCUUUUGAAGAACGCCGAACCUACGAUCGCUGGUCCCUCCCCGCAUCUUCGAAACCUUAUCGUCUGGCCAGUUGAGUCUGGAAAGCGGAGAGAUAUUACUCCCCAGGCUGUAGAAUAUUUUCUCCGCAAUGCACCGUUCAAUAGCACCUCCAGCCAGGGCGCCGGAUCUGCAAACCCACCGUAUCCCGACCUGCUUACAGCCCUGAAAACCGAACGCGUGAGGUGGCAUCCUGAUAAAAUUAAACAUAGAUACGGAGUCCUGGGUAUGGAGGAACAGCUUACCAAAAGUGCGACCGAGGUUUUCCAGAUCGUGGAUAAGUUGUGGGUGGAAGAGCGUUCAAGAAGCGAACGCACCUAG